AUGAAUUUUAGAUCUUUCGACGAAUACAAAUAUACAAUAGAAUCCUCGCUGCCCAACCAAACGUUGCCGCCGACGUUUCGAGACUCCAAGCAGCCCUCCUCAGACGUGGCGGACGUCCUCCUCUCGCUCAAGCACGCCGUUCUCCACCCAGAAGACAAGUACGACAAGUACGACAAGUACGACAAGUACGACAAGUUCGAGGGGGCUUACCACCCCCACCAAAUGCUGCUGUCGCCAGGGGGGUAUGGGGGCAGCGCAGGCGACCAGUUUGGGGGGCAGCCGCCGCCCCCCAUGUUCCCCAGCAUGUCGGUGAACGUGUCGAUGAACAUGACCAUGCAUGGGUACCACCCGAAUAACGGCUGCGGGUACCCUUCCACGGAGAUAUCGUGUCCGCAGGUGCAAUGGAGCGCCACCCCUCAAGUCACCCCCCACCCCCACCACCAGGCGUACGCGAACCAGGGCCUGCUGAGCCCGACGUACGGCGGCGCCACGUACUCCUUCACGGCCGACUUCCGGCCGCCGCCGCAUGAGGGGGCGGUCUACAAGCCCGCCCCCGCUGCUUUCGCCUCGCCCAGACGAAGGCACAGCUUGGGGGCGAUGGAGGAGGAGGAGGGACAGAAGCCGAACGUCUGCAGGAUAUGUGGUUAUAUUCUACAAUUUCCCGCAUACUGGUUCGGAGUUUUGCAUCUUUGA